AUGCGUGUGAUUCCGGAGUCCGACGGUAAAUGCGGCUGCGGAUGUGACGGGGAAAAGCGGAGAAAAGACAAGAACCUGUCAGAGAACCUGACCGAGAACCUGACCGAGAACCUGACCGAGAACCUGACCGAGAACCUGUCAGAGAACCUGUCAGAGAACCUGACAGAGAACCUGACCGAGAACCUGACCGAGAACCUGACCGAGAACCUGUCAGAGAACCUGUCAGAGAACCUGUCAGAGAACCUGACCGAGAACCUGACCGAGAACCUGACCGAGAACCUGACCGAGAACCUGACCGAGAACCUGUCAGAGAACCUGACGGAGAACCUGACGGAGAACCUGACGGAGAACCUGACGGAGAACCUGACAGAGAACCUGUCAGAGAACCUGUCAGAGAACCUGACCGAGAACCUUUCACAAAGAUGCUUCCUGUCCGUCCGGAACCACCUGGAAAACAAGUGGGAAAUGUGGAAGUGUGAAAAGAUCUGA